AUGGCCAUCACGCGCGUCACAUAUUUUAAAGUCCCCAAGGCGGCGGACCGGCAGGCACUCGUUUCCCUGUACCGAGCCAUGCCGACCAAAGCGUUGAAGAACGGCGCACCCUACAUCCGCUCCGUCAAGGCCGGCCCUGCGCUGGCCGACGCCCGCAGCCAGGGUUUUACGUUUGCGGCCAUUUCGGUGUUUGACUCGCUCGAGGACAUGCAGUAUUACGACAAAGGCUGUGCAGCGCACGCAGAGCUGCGGACAUUUGCGCAGUCGGUGCACGAGGGGGCCAUGGUUGUGUAUUUUGAGGACGCGCUGGCGAACGAGUAG